AACGUUGCAAUGAGAAUUUUAUGUGGAAUUCCAUUCGGAUUGACGGUCUUAAUCAAAAAAAUACGAAGAAGACAUUUAUCAACGUUCGAUGAUAUUGAAGAUUACUUACAAAGUCAGAACAACCUCACUCCUAUUAGGUACUCUUACUCCCAAAUUAAAAAGAUGACCAAUGGUUUCAAGGACAAAUUGGGUGAAGGAGGUUAUGGUUCUGUGUAUAAAGGAAAGCUUAGAAGUGGCAGUCCUUUAGCAAUCAAACUAUUGAGUAAGCCUAAAGCUAAUGGGUAGGAAUUCAUCAAUGAAGUGGCUACCAUGGGAAGAAUUCACCAUGUUAAUGUGGUCCAACUUGUUGGAUAUUGUGCCGAGAGGUCUAAGCGCGCACUUGUGUAUGAUUUCAUGCCUAAUGGAUCUCUUGAGAAGUGUAUUUUUCCUAGAGAAGGAGAAACACUAUCCUUGAGCUAUGAGAAAAUGUACGAGGUUUCUGUUGGAGUGGCACGUGGGAUUGAAUAUCUACAUCGGGGUUGUGACAUUCAAAACUUACAUUUUGACAUCAAGCCUCACAAUAUUCUCCUUGCUGAGAAUUUCACUCCAAAAGUUUCUGAUUUUGGUCUUGCAAAAUUGUACCCAACAAAUGAUAGCAUUGUGUCUCUGACUGCGGCAAGAGGAACAAUGGGUUACAUGGCUCCAGAAUUGUUCUAUAAAAGCAUCGGAGGUGUUUCAUACAAAGCUGAUGUGUAUAGUUUUGGGAUGUUGUUGCUGGAAAUGGAGGGAAGAAGGAAGAAUUUGAAUGCAUUUGCCGAUCAUUCAAGCCAAAUUUACUUCCCUUCGUGGGUAUAUGACCAAAUUAUUGAAGGAAAGGACAUAGAAAUAGGAGAUGCCAAUGAAGAGGAAAGGAAGGUUGUAGAAACGAUGAUAAUAGUGGGAUUGUGGUGCAUACAAAUGAAGCCUAGCGAUUGUCCUUCAAUGACCAAAGUUGUGGAGAUGCUGGAGGGAAAUGGUGAACUCAUGCAAAUGCCUCCCAAGCCCUUUCUUUAUCCAGAGGAGAUGCCUGAAGAUACUGGAAUCAAUACGGAGCAUUCAAUUCAAUUGGGUGAUUCUAUUGAUUCCAUCACAUUAGAUAUAAGUGCUUGACCUGUGGCUGAACCACAUUGAAAUAAAUGGGGGCAGUUGCACCUCUAUUGAACUGUUUGUUAUUUUAAUACUAUAUGUAUGUUAUUUUAUAAUUGUGAACGUAUUGUCUUCGAA